AUGCCAAAGAAAUUAAUCAUCAAUGCGUUUGACAUGGGCUGUUCAGGUCUUCAAGCCCCAGGACUCUGGAAGCACCCCGAUGAUAAGUCCGCUGAUUUUGACACGUUAGAAUAUUGGAUAAACUUAGCUAAACUACUAGAACGAGGCAAAUUUAAUGCUCUUUUCCUAGCUGAUGUGCUUGGUGGGUAUGAUGUUUAUAACGGGCCCUCAAAUAUAGCACCUGCAGCUAGAGCAGGUUCACAAUGGCCCGUGCUGGAGCCUAGUGCCGUGGUUCCAUUGAUGGCUUCUGUCACCAAGAAUUUGUCGUUUGGUGUGACGUUUAGUACUAUUAGUGAAGCUCCGUAUCAUUUCGCACGGAGGUUGGCAACGUUGGAUCAUUUGACCCAGGGGAGAGUUGGGUGGAAUAUUGUGACUUCUUAUUUGGAUAGUGCUGCUAGGAAUUUAUUACAAGGUGAGGUUUUACCACCUCGUGAGAAGAGGUAUGAGCGGGCUGAAGAGUAUUUACAAGUUGUUGAAGAGUUGUUAUUAUCUAGUUGGAGAGAUGGUACGGUUUUGAAAGAUUUGGGCAAGGGAGUAUUUUCUGACCCUGAUGGUAUUCGAGAGAUUAAUUUCCAUGGUGAAUAUUUUAGUGUUCCUGGUCCUUCAAUUACACAUCCUUCACCUCAAAGAUUACCAGUGUUAUUGCAAGCCGGUACAUCAUCACAGGGGAAGGAUUUUGCAGCAAAGCAUGCUGAAUUGGUGUUCAUAACAAAUUUCACACCUGAAAGUUUAGCUGAAAAUAUUAAAGAUAUUAAAAAUUUAUCAACAAAUGUUUAUCAUAGAGAGCCUGAUGCUAUUAAAUUUCUUCAAUUGAUCACCACUGUUAUUGGGGAAACACAUGAAGAAGCUGAAUCGAAAUUCUUGGAAUUUCAAAAAUUUGGAGAUUUAGAAGGUGCACAAGCGUUAUUCAGUGGGUGGACCGGUAUUGAUAUUGGACAAUUUGCACCUGAUGAUGAAUUAAGAGAUGUUGGAAGUAAUGCAGUUAAAGGGUUUGUAUCAAAUUGGACGAAAUUAUCACCUGGUGAAGAUGAGAAUCUAAAGAAAACUAGAGAAUAUGUUGCCAAACAAAUCACGGUUGGUGGGUUGGGACCUGUUUUCUAUGGAACUGCUGAUGAAGUUGCAGAUACUAUUGAGAAAUGGGUUGAAGUGAGUGGUGUUGAUGGGUUUAAUUUCACUUAUGCGAUCACACCUGGUACUUUCGAAGAGGUUGUUGAUGAAUUGAUUCCAGUUUUACGUAAAAGAGGAUUAGUUUGGGAUGAUUAUCCAGAAAAGGAGAAUGGUGAAGUCCUAACAUUUAGAGAGAAUGUGUUUGGUGUUGAUGAUGUUCAUAAUCCUCAUGAUCCAAAAUUUGUUAGACCUUCACAUCCUGCUUUUGAGAAAAGAUGGAGAUCUGGUAUUUCCAAAGAGGAAUUUGAAUUGCAAAAAAACACAUCAGCUAAAAAACGUAAAUUAUAA